GUCGUGGCAGCUUAAUGCUUCAUCUUGGUGGUCUCUACCCACCCCAGUCUCUCUUACUGUUAACCACAUUUGCUGACCUUGGUUGGUCUCCAGAAUGCCUCCUUUACCUCUCACAUUUGCUCUGAUAAACUUCCUGUGGUGUAUUUGUGCUUUCUGAGUGGGGCUGUAGGUGUCCUUGACUGCUAUAAAUUGUCAUCACUGGCAGGGUAAGGCAGUUCUGGGAUCUGUUUUUCCUUCAGUUCUGCAGUUUGUCUGUUUGCCAAAGAUAAUGAGCUUUGUUACUGCUCGGUAGAGUGAAAUAUUUUGCUGUGCUGCAACUUAAUGAGAAGGAGAGAGGCAUGGGACAUCACUCUGCUUUCUGACAGAGACCAGGCCCUUCUGUUCUGUGGGAUGACUCCUCUCUGGAGUGUGUUUUUACCCUGAUGUGCUUUCCUUGAGGAGAAUGGAUAUUCCAGGCAUUUGGUGUGAGCACUGAAGCAUUUACAUCAGACACAAGGAGAUUUCAAAGGUUUUGUCUUAAAACAAAAUCUCUUAUUCACCUCAAUAUGGGAUUAAAGUUUCAGUUUCUUGUGGGGGCAAAGGACAGCAAGUACUAUUCAGUGUCAGCAUAUGUACUUGAAUAACUUUUUCUUUAUUCAUGUGGGUGUGUUACCACUCCUGCCCUAGAUGGUGAACUGUGGAGGUUGUUCUCAUGGGAUUUCGUUUACCCAUACUCAUGGCAAAAUGAAAAAUACUUUCUCACUUUCUACUUUCAGCUGCUUUGCUUGUAGUUUUACUGAAUUAUUGACUUGGAUUUCUUCUGAGAGAGGUGGAGAAAGCAAAUUUACUGGAUAAUCUCUUUGUUAGGUUUGCCUUUUUUACAUACCUAUCUGCUUUCUAAUCCUAAAUCGGUUCCUAACUCUGUUUUAUUCCUAUAUGGAAGAUUCUGCUGGAUGCUUGAGAUUUCUUGUCUGUGCUGAACUCCAUCCCCUCCUAGAUGACAUUAGGUGGGACAGCCAGAGCUGAGUAGUGUUUUGUGAGGAGAGGUACAGAACAUGUAGUGACAGCUUUUGCUGUUCUUUCUGUGCUUGGUGGGUCCCAUGGAGAUCAGUACAAUAGCCAGAGUUGUGACAAGUGUGUGAGUUCAGAAUCUAGCACUGGGCACACGUGUUCUGAGAAGCUUCACUUGCCUCGUCUUUGCUGGAAUAGAGUUCACUCUGCCAUUCCUGGCACAUGCACCUAAAUCAGUGAGACUCUGUGAGUUCCUCAGUGUUUUCUCUAGACUUACUUUAGCUUGUGUUUAGUCAGUUGCAAAUAUUGACACCUUAGUGUUGCCUUUUUUCUCCUUCUGAGGUCCUAAGGUGUGGUGCAGGAUAGCCACAAGCUCUUUUUGGCCUGGUUGAACCCCUGCAGUGUUGUGAAGCUGGAGAGAGUUCCCACUUGUGUUUCUGGCAUUCUGUGCCCUGCUCCUUCCAUGUGCUGGGGGAGCUGAGCACUUGGCCUUGUGCCUCUGCUGCUUUUAUCAGAAACUAGCUCAGGGUGUGGCCCAGCCUUUGCUCCCAGGUGAGCUCUUGGCAGCUGAGAAUGACCUUGCCCAGCACAGGUUUCUUUGAUGAGAUACAGGGAGUGGACAUUUUUAAGUGUAGGUGUUCAGUACUUUGCACUCUUGAGAAGAUUCUAAAGCUCCAAUGUCCACUAAAACCUGGGUGACAGAGAUGAGCUGCUGUGACUAACACCACCUGCCUUCCUGGCUUAGUUUUCAGUUGACCUCGGAGACCAAAUUGAAAUGCAGAAAGAUCUUAAGAUUUGGGCUUUAUUAAGCACAGCAUUGGUAUUUUUGUGAAGCAUUGAGCUCAUCUGUGCCUAAACAUUCUUUCUGGAGUACAAGGAACAUGGCUUCUGUGAUCAUUUCCCUUUUGUUAAUGAUGUCAUUGACUGUUUUUAAGUUACUUUCCUAUUCUCCUUUUGUCCAGGUUGCUUCAUUUUCCCUUCAGUUGUUUUUUUGUUUUUUUUUUGGGUUAUACCCGUUUUGUUUGUGCCAGCUGGGGCUGUUAACUUGGCUGUAAAAAUGUAUUCUAGUCUGUACCAGUGUCAGAAUAUAAGGGAGACAACGGGAGUCCUUGUGAAGGUGGAAUACGAAAGGCUGCUGUUGGAGUAUCAGACCUGUGUGUGACUGCAGGAUAUAGGAUAAAAACCCAAAUAUAAUGUGUAAUUAGUUGGAAUUAAUAGAAGUUGCAAUAGAUGAGGAUGGGAGGAGUGGAGGGCACUGGUGCUUGAUUUACCUUGUACCCCUCAGUAAAAGGUGAUGAUACAUUACCUUUUUAUUAUAUUUUGCUCACCCUAAUUUGUUGCCCCUUGUUUUUGCUUACAGUAUCCAUUUGAUUUUGGUUAUCUGGUUAAUCGGUCAUCAGGCACUGAGAUUACUUAAUGCACUUGUUUUUUUACCCUCUGCCAUUUCUGUGUAAUGUGAUGCCUGUUUACUGCAUAGCUGGAUACUUGUAGUUAACUGUUCUGUUACUGUUGAAUGCUCACCCAUUGCUCUUAUUUUGGAAUUAGUAUGGUUUCAGUAUGUUGAAAAUACUGUUUGAGCAAAACGUUACUCUUGCCUUGAAAGUGACUGACUUCAUUUUAGGAAGUCUGGAAAUCAAAUGUGAAGCCCAACAUCAAACCAGGUUACUUUUACAGGUGUACCCAGCUUAGGCAAAAUUCAGGGAGAGGGCAUAUUGGGUUAUUCCCUCAUUUUAAUAUACUGGCUAGUCAUUUUCCUCUCAGCUGUGACUGUGGUCACAGUAGCCUGGCUGUGCUACUCGAAGGGAAGAGCAAUCUGUAAUGAAAUUUGGUCUCUAAUUGCUCUUUCCCUUCUGAGAACAGUCUCCUUGUAGCACUACUGGUGUGACUUUGCAAGCGUGUGCAUGUGUGCCAGCUCCUGGCCCUUAACAUUGCAGGAGCUCAGGUCAGCUGAAGGUUAUUAUUCUUCCAUUUACUGACAGGUUUUGUGCAUGAUCUGGUUUUUAUUUUAAUUAUGUAGUUUUUUUCAUGAUAAGUAUCUCAGAAAGGUAAAUGGAGACUGAGGUAGCAUACUUAGGGCUUAGGAAAUUAUGUGUCCUUCCACCUCAGAGCGUAAGCAUCUGACUUCUUUAGGCUUCUCUGGAAAAUAUGACGAAGAGUCAGAGCAGGUCUUGAGAGUUCUUGGAUUUGGAAAUCCUUUGUGGGUACAUUUUUAAAACUGAGAAGGCACAGUCUUGGUCUUAGGUUGACCUGCUGUGUGAGCUUGUCCAAAUCGCUGUUCUGAGUCUCCCUUUCUAAGAAAAAGGAGUAGUAAUACUUUGUCUCCUAGAGUUUAGUCAGGAACCACUGGAAGUGGGGAAAGAAGGACCCAUGAUCUUUUGUUUUCAAAAGAUCCUGUAAGUCAAGGAAAACCAAAACCUAUGUAUUAAUUGCUCUUCUUAGAAUUUUUUUGGAUCAAAAUUAAUACUGAUUUUAUUACAAUGUCAAUGUGGAGUCUUUGGCCUAAGGGAAAGAGGCUAAUCUGCCACCUACGCAAUGCUCACAAGGGCAUGGAAUGACUGACAGGCUUGUAUAGAUUCAGUGUGUGUCACUUCCAAGGUGAGAUUAGUGAUGUGAAUACAACAAAGCCCAUGUCAUCUGCUCUUGCUGGGAAUGCCCUGAAGCUUUGUUUUCAUUGCCAUGAACUCAGCCAACUGGAGCAUUUUAUUAAGUGUAUCAAGAAGAAAAUGUCAUGCUUUGUUCUAUUCAUUGAUUGAAUUUUUUGCAGCUUUGGAAUACAAAAUUUACAUGUCUGACUGUGAGUAAGUUUACGUGACCUUUAUUCACAGUUAAGACACUCCUGGGUUUGGAGCUGGCUUCCCAGCAGUGGCAGUGACCAUGCCAUGGCCCCAUCACAGCUGCAGGUGAACAUUGAGCUGUCACUGAGGAGGAAGGCCCAGGAAAAGGAUCCCAAUGGCUGUAGAACUCGUGAAGAUUGGUACAAUGUCAUACUGGUUCUGCUCUUUGGUGUCUCAUUUUUCUUCCUUACUCUUGGAAGUAAGGAUUUGGGUCAACACGGCUUUUUGAUUUGGGAGUCAUGAAUAAUGCUUAAUUCUGUGCCUUUUUUUCCUUCUCCUUAUCUCUGUCAUUAUCUUUUUCUCUCCUUAUUCCUUCUAUCUCUUCUUUUGCAGACUAGUUCCACUAUGUCUCUGAUUUCUGAAUCUUCCCUAGAACCGCUUCCCACUUCAGCAAAUGCAGACUCCAGCAACACUCCUCACAGUUUAACAGUGCUGUCCCAUUCCAAACACCCUUCUGCAAGUCACACUGGGGACUCAACAGUGCCAACAUCUGUCCCCUCAGCAGACACCUGCCUUGAGGAAGGCAGUGACACUGCAGUUCUGCCUUUGUCAGGGCACCCUGCUGCCCCUCCACCUGUGCUCCAUUUAGCACAAACUGUCCCUGUGCCCCCACCACGGAGCUCCUCUGGUUUUGCUACUCGUGGGGAGCAAGUGGCCUCUGCCAGUUUAGCUCAGCUGAACAGAAAGCCUGACUCUUCCAGAAAUACUUCCCAGGCUGCACCAGCUUCCAGUGUGAAGCUUCUCUGUAGGUCUGCUAAUGUGGAGGCACAGGGCUUAGGGGAUGACGUGGCAAAAGAGACUGAGAAGAAGGAGCAGAGAACUGACCCCAAAAUUUCAAGUGUACCCAUUUCAAAGAAGGGGCAGAUACCCAAGGACCUGCAUCAUCAGGGAGCACUCAGGGAGAACUCAGCUCUUUCCUCCCGGGGCAGAAGUGUGGAAACAGCUUUAGAUGAGCUGUGGCCCCUGGAGCUGCCUGCACAUGUGCCAGAGGUGCAUGCAAAGAAUGACAAUGUUUUGGAUUCUGUUAAUGAACCUUCUGUUGUUGCCCUGGAUCGGUGGGAUGUCUUCCCAGACACUAAAAACCAGUUGGGCUUUGUAGUGAAGCAAGGACAGGAGCUAAAAGCUGAAGUGCCACAUGAAACCAAGGUAUACCACUGUCCUGAUCUGGGCGAGAAGAGGCAGGGCAGAGACAGAACUCUUAGGAAGGCAGGUACUGCUAACACGAACAAGGCCAGAGGAGACCAGGAAAAGGAGCAAUUCAGAAGCUCUGCAGUCACUCCGGAAUCUCCUGAAACCUUUGGGAAGGCUGAAUUGCAUCUGCCAUGUGUCUCCAAACCACCCAUUGAGAGGAUUUCUGCAUCAGGCCAGAUAAAAUCUUUAAUCAAGAGGACAAAAGAGACUGCGAAUGUGCAUCCAAUGUCUCGGGACCUCUCUCCAAGGCGUAAACUAGGUCCUGCCAUAUUCCACAAGACUGAGUCCCAGGAUCGCAUGAUUGAGGAGCUUCAGGACAGACUGGGCAUCGAUAACCAGGAGCAGGAAGAGUGGCAAAGCCAGGAUGCCUGGCUGACAGAGGGGGUCAUUGUCACUGCCAGGCCCCGGGGGGAAGAGCAGAGUGGUGAACAGCAAGUAGAGAAGGUGGUUUUUCCUCCAGAAUCCCCGCUCCUCUCCAGGAGGACAAUCUCUGUUCCAGUCUCUUCCCAGCUCCAGCCUUCCAAAGAACCUGCAAAGAUAGUCCCUGCUAAUGCUGCUGCUUCUCCUGCCUCUGGCCCUGCACCUCUUCUCUCACUCCCACCUCAGCCUUCCCAUGUGUCAUCUACCCCAGCUCCUAGUCCAGUCUCUUCCUCUUCCUUCAGCUUGGCUCCCCAGCCUCUCUUCCAGUGGGAAGCUUCUGAUAAUGAUUAUCAUGAGGUUUCUGUUGUGGGUACCCCUCCUAAUGAAGAUCCCAAACAUUCCUGUUCUCCCCAGACCUGGACUCCUAGCACCAAGGCAGUUGUCUCUGUUGGCUGUCAGACUGAAGAUGAAGUUUUCUUCCCAAAAAUGCAGGUGACCUCUGCUCCUCCCCUAGUCCACAGUGCCAGUCUGUUGGCUGCUCCUGCACCCCAGGGCCUGACAGCCCCUGACAAGGCAGGAUCCCCUUUCUGUUUCCUCAGCAUGGUGUGUGCUCUUCUGGCUGAUGAGUGUGCUGGGAUCUGCUCCUGCAGCUCCCAGCACUGUUAAUGUGGAUAAUAUCCUGUAUUGCAUGGUUUGCUAGUCAUAGAGCUCUGUUCUGAACUUGAGUGAUGGCAGAUCUCGGGGUGAAGGGUGGGAGUUUGAGGGGCCUUUGCAUGAGGAUGAUGUGCUGAGUGCCCCCUACAAACAGCAUGCAUUAUGUACAGGAGAUGGAAACAAACCUCUUUCAGGUGGGGGCUCAUUUGUGAGCUGUCAAGAGGGCUGGAUGGGCAGGCCAGCUGGAAAUGGAGGUGUGCACAGGUGUUUGUACCUGCUCUGGGGUCAGCUGUGACUGGCAGGACUGUGUGGUCCCUCCAGGUCACUACAAGGGUGAAGUCCUCUGUUGCUACAUGUUGAAUUCAUCUCAUCUCCUUUCUCCCUGGAUGGUAUUUAUCACUUGUGUGUGGCAUCUGUGCCUGCCCUGCGUGGCCAUAGCCCAUGGCUAGAGCAAGAGAAGCUGUGAUUCUUUCCACACAGAGCAGCCCUUUUCUUCCUGCUGCGCCAUGCAGGAAGCCUGGGCUUUAUCCUGGGGCUCUGGACAGGCUUUGUCUCCAAACACCAGCUAUCUCUCUCUGUGAGAGUAUCCUUGCAGUUGUGUGUGUGCUUUGGAGGCAGUCACUGUAAUGGUUUUGGUAGCAAAUGUGUGUUGUGUGGUGAAGGGUUUGUUUUAGGCUGAGGAUACUGGGGUGUGAUGGGGCUGCUCUGUGCUGCUGGACUAGGAGAGGUAAGUUGAGAGAGAAGGGGAACAGCUGUGUGUUAGGAUCCACUGGGAGUCAUGCUGCGUGUGAGGCAAGGCUGGGGAGUGUGUGGAUGUGUGUGUAAAAGCAGCUAAAUUCAUGUAUGUCAUGAGAAUGUUUGUUUAUACGAACGAGCAGAAACCAGGAUUUAUCAUUGAAUAAACUGGUCAGCUGCAAGGACAAGCAGCUGCAGGACAGGGAAUAGAGCUCCUCCUGUGGCUGGAAGGGCAGGGUCUGCCAAGGCUUGGAACACUUCAGCAUGUCCCUGCUCCUUUGGCUAUGCUGGCAGCAGGCUGGUGUGUUGUUGAUAGACAAAGAUUUUGUGUCUUUUAAUUUACUCUCUUAGUAAAAGAAAAUGUGCUCUAAACCCAACUUCUUUGUGUGUCCCUAAACCUGACAGUAGCUAUGGCAGUGCCAAGUCAGCUAAAAUAAUCUCUUAUUUGCUUGCUGGGAUUUGUCUGUAAAGGGGGCUGUGGUGGCCAAGGAGAACAUAACACUUUGUUUAUAAAGUUAUGAACCUCAGUAAAACAUUUCUCCCCUCCUCUGGAAGGCUUUCCAAGCCGUGUGUGCUGCGGUGGUGUGAGUUUAGAAACGGCCUCUGAGACAAGCAUCCAAAUCCCCUUCCCCCCACUGGUGCAUUUCCAACUACAAUACACCUAGCAGCCCCGUCUGCUGGGGAUGCACUGCCCUCUCUGUAGGUAAACAGCAGCCAGCUGGGAGGGAGUUACUUCCUUCCUGCUUCCAGUUGCUUAGGUCAGGCAUGGGGUGAGAACCACCUGAGAGUGAGAGAGAGACUUGGCAAACAGAUGUGCAGAUGGUGGUGCAAAGGGAGAAAAAUUUCUAGCUGAAAGGGAGAUGAGAUGAGGGAGAGAAGAGCAUGUCUAUCAGAAA